AUGUCUCUCGCAACUCUGGAUGUAUCGCAACAUCCCAACCUGCCCAAGUCCUCUGUGACCUUGUUCGAAGCGAAGGCGAAAAAGAAGGCGACUUUUGAGGCAAUUGCCAAGGCGAUUGGUCGAGAGGAGGUUGCGGUGGCUGCUCUGUUCUACGGACAAGCGACGGCGUCUCCAGAGGAUAUCCAGGCGCUGUCAGAGUAUUUUGACAUUGACCAUGAAAUCCUCGAGGCACAAAUGAGCGGGUUCCCAGACCGUGGAAAGAGCGUGGAGAUGCCCCCGAAGGAACCACUCAUUUAUCGCUUGUACGAGAUCGUCCAGAACUACGGAUAUGCGUAUAAAGCGGUCAUGAACGAGAAGUUUGGCGAUGGCAUCAUGAGCGCAAUCGCUUUCUCCACCAAGGUUGAGAAAGAGGUCGACAAGGACGGCGUUACAUGGGCGAAAAUCACCCUUCGAGGCAAAUGGCUGCCCUUCACCCGAUUCUAG